CAUCCGCCGUCCUCUCAGUGGUAGCGCGGGGAGGAGAGGAAACGCUCUCAGCCAAGUCCGCCGUACGUGGAUGCGGGUGCAACCCAAACUCCGCAGAGGAGAGCGCGAGCUAAGGGUGAUCAGCACGUGACCUACUAGAGAGACAGAUCCCUAGACAAAAUCAAACAAGGGAAAUUUGCUGGAAUCUAGAGUGAUGGAUCCAUGUUCAGUUGGAGUCCAGCUUCGUACCACAAAUGAGUGCCAUAAAACCUACUACACUCGUCACACUGGUUUCAAGACUUUGCAAGAAUUGUCAUCAAAUGAUAUGCUUUUACUUCAACUUAGAACUGGAAUGACACUUUCUGGGAACAAUACCAUUUGCUUCCAUCAUGCAAAAAUUUACAUUGACAGAUUUGAGGAUUUGCAGAAGUCAUGUUGUGACCCAUUUAACAUACACAAAAAACUAGCCAAAAAAAAUUUGCAUGUAAUUGACUUAGAUGAUGCCACUUUUCUGAGUGCAAAAUUUGGAAGACAGCUUGUACCUGGUUGGAAACUUUGCCCAAAAUGUACACAGAUAAUCAAUGGAAGUGUGGAUGUUGAUUCUGAAGACCGGCAGAGAAGAAAACCUGAUUCAGAUGGAAGAACUGCUAAAGCUUUGAGGUCAUUGCAAUUUACAAACCCAGGAAAGCAAACUGAAUUUGCUCCAGAAACUGGUAAAAGAGAAAAAAGAAGGCUCACAAAAAAUGCAACCGCUGGUUCUGACAGACAAGUGAUACCAGCGAAGAGUAAGGUCUAUGAUAGCCAGGGUCUCCUGAUUUUCAGUGGAAUGGACCUUUGUGACUGCCUUGAUGAAGACUGUUUAGGAUGUUUCUAUGCUUGUCCUGCCUGUGGUUCCACCAAAUGCGGAGCUGAAUGCCGCUGUGACCGCAAGUGGCUGUAUGAGCAAAUCGAAAUUGAAGGAGGAGAAAUCAUUCAUAACAAACACGCUGGAUAAUUUGUGGUAUCAGAUUAUGGGCUCUUUAAAUAUCCCUUCUUUAUUUCUAAAACUCUGUCACCCUAAGAUACAUUUUAAAGUUGACUGCCAAAUGACAAGAAUUUGAAAACCACCUCAGCAUGCACUCACUCUGUGCUAAUGUUGCAUUUAGGGUGCUUUAAGAUUCAUUAUCUGAUGUAAAUUAAGAUGAGCUGUUCCUCAGCAGUCAGCUUUGAGCCUGUCCGGGUCAAUGUCAACAAGUAGGCAAAGGCAGUCCUCCAUUAGCACAGCUCAAAUUUCAGUUACCAUGGUCUAUACUGUGAGCAGUUAGGUGAAGUAUAAACUUCACCUAACUAAAGGUGACUAAACUAAACCUCAAGAAGAAACUUUGCUUCUGCUAAGCAAACUUCCCUGCUAGCCCUUUGGUCCACAAAUCAUUAUGUAGCAGACAUGCUUCAUCAUCACUGACCAAUCACAGUACUUCUCUCAGAUUCUGCUAGUGAUUGGUUACUGCACAUCUGUCAUUCAGUUCACUCCCAGACAACAAAGCAUGUGGUUGUAUUGUCUCCUUGUCACCCAUGUGACAUUUUACAAAAGUAGAUCAUCAAAAGAACUGGCCAACAAAGAUAAAAGUGAAUGAAGAAAGGAAAAACGGUAAUGCUAGACGUGAGAUUUGAACUGAACGUAAGUGGAGUUGUGGAAGAAAUCCCCGAUGGGAAUGUUGGCGCUGCUGCGAGGCUCAGUACACAACUAGGGGAGCCUUGUGGAGGCAAGCGUAAGGGAAACUGGUUGUGACGAGAAGGUUGAGUAGGUCCCAGAGGAAGUGAUGGUAAAAACUUCACACUAAAGGAAAUUAGAGUUAUUUUACAACAUUGAAAGUACGAAUGAUAAAAUGGAGGAAGCUGAUCCAAACUUGAGUAUGACAGUUCGCCAUGGUAUAGAGGGUUGCUUACUUAGUAUCCUAAGUUAACAAAAAGUCAAGCACUGUUCAAACCCCUUAUGGUUAGUUUUUUACAGUGGAAUAACACUUUCUCAUUGUUUCUAAUGUUUUAAAUUACAGUGUACUAACAUACUUUUUUACAAUGUUUUUCUUUAUAACACCGAGUUUUUAAUAUUUUGACAGAUUUUUAAAGGUCACAGAACAUUUUCCCCCAUUGAUUAUUAAGAUUGCUUUGAAUGGCCAUUGUUUAUGGUCCUACAUUACUGUGCAAGCCAAGGACUCUAGCUGAGAACAGUGCCCACCUACUUCAGGAAAAAUUGAUUUUGAUAAAACUAGGUGGUUGAGUGUUAAAAGUAUUUUGGAAAUAAUCUGCGUAUCUAAAUGCUAAAAUUCAUCUGGCGAUUUACCCUUAAAAGUUUUAGUAUUGUAAACCUUUCAUUGUUUAGACCAUACAUUCUUGGUGAAAAUUUGUUUUUGAUGGCAAAAAUCUCAUUCUUUGUAGAAAGCAUGGAUAUACAUAUAAUACAUAAACAGGAAUACGUUGUAUCUGUGGUAUUCACGUUUUAUGGGUGGUGAUUAGGAUUAAGAAGCCUAAAAAAGGCUUUAAGGGAGUAAUAAUGAGAAAAAAACGUUAGAGAAACACAGAGUAUGAAUUAUUUGGAAAUUGAAUCUUGUACAGGUUUUUAUGGAAUUUGUAAGGGUGCUGUUUGGAGGAUGAGAGUGGGUGAUAACUGUUCUUUUUUUAAGCAGCUACCUAUUUGUCUAAAAUUGUUCGUCUAGGGCAUUGCCACUAAACUAGGUUUUUGCUUGGUUUUCCCUAAAUUAGAGUACUUUGGUUUAAUCAGAUGAGCUUUUAGCAGUUUGAAAUAUUUUUUAGCUAUUGAAAUGAAAUUUAUACAACCAGUUUGAUUAAAUUGACCAGUAGAGGUUUAUUUUUACUCCUGUAUACUUCUGAUACCUGUUUAACAGGUUUUACUUUGAUGGAAUGCCAUUUUGAACCAUGAAAUUGUCAUUAAAUUACAUUUGUCACUGACCUAGUUAUCAGAAGUAUGGUUAGUAUCAUACUUUUUUUUUUUUUAAAGAUUUAUUUAUUUAUUUGACAGAGAGAGCAGGAACAGAAGCAGAGGGAGUGGGAGAGGGAGAAGCAGGCUUCCAGCCGAGCAGGGAGUCCGAUGCGGGGCUCGAUCCCAGGACCCUGGGAUCAUGACCUGACCUGAGCUGAAGGCAGUCACUUAACGACUUAGCCACCCAGACGCCCCAGUAUCAGUUCUUUAAUUCACAUUUCAACAGAGCACUGGCAAAAAGAAUAUUUUGGCUUUAUAUACUUAAAUCAGAUGCUAAAUUUUUUUUUUCCGAAUUAAGGAAAUACUUUGUUACAGAGGAUUCACAGACUUCCAAUUUUAUCUGAACUUCUGGGUUCAUUAGACAUUAGUUGCAUUACUGCCAAUGUUUUUGUUGGUUCUAAGUAUGAUUUAGUAUAUUGCUUAAGCUAUUCGUAGGGACAAAUUUAAGUCUUAGAUUUUUUUUUGUUUAAAACGAAUAUAUUUUCAAAAGAAUAAAUGACUUUAAAAUUCAAAUUGUUUAUAUUUCAGCAUUCCUUAGUGGAACAUUUCUGGUUUUUUUUUUUCAAAGAUGGUAAUAGUUAAUUUUAAGUUUCAAGGGUAAAUUUCUUGCACAGUUUUGCUUAUAUUUGUUCAUUAUACCUGUUUCCGAAAUAGGAAGCACUCACUCUUCAUGAGCAUGCACAAUGUUUACAGAGAGAGGUAUGUCUAAUUUAGAGUAUGCUAUAAUAAAAGCUGUGUUUUGGGAAAAUUACAUCAUGAGUUCGCUUACUAUUUUUUAAUGUAGAAUCACAGAAAUACAGAAUACAAUUAAAUCAUCUAGAUUCUUUUUAUAUUUUGCAUAAAUAUGGUUCCAGGUGGCUAAAUUAUUUUAGGAUACUAUUAGUCUAAGGAGCAGAAAUAAAAGCAAUACGAACACUUCUGCCAUAUAUGGCUCCUGCUGGAGAAGUUAAUGUAAGGCCGUAAACAUUGGUCUUACACAGUAUUGGCCACAAACAUUAAAAUAAAAAUGCAUGUGUAUAUUUGAAGUAAAUGGCAUCCCAUGUAAUCUUUUUCCUAUUUCUUUUACAAGUAUAAGAUGAAAUAUUAUACUACUAUUUUUAAAAUGUUAUAUCUACUUCUGUAUAACAAGCUGUUCUACCACCUGACAGAAAAUUCUCCGGAAAAAUGCUUUCAUGAUCUCUCAGAUAUUCCAUGUUCAGAACCCCUAAACACAUAUUUCAGAGCCUAGGUAAUAGGAGUAUUCUGUAAACAAACAAAAAUGUUUGUUUAAUGGGGAUGGCUGUCUGGAGUGGAGUUAUGUCAAGCGUUGUAAGUGAGUUUCGUUGGACAAAAUCCGGGCUGUUCAGGUCUUUGAAAGAGGUGUUGCUGCACUGAAAAGGCAGAUUGCACUGAGACCCCAUCCCUCCCGGGUCAAGUAACAAUGUAUAAAAUGGAGGGGUCUUAAAAGGACUGCACUUCGGUAAUUCGAGAUUUUCUGUUUACAUUGCGGAUACCCUGAAAGAAAUAGCUUAAGGUUCUUGUACAAAGUCAUGUGGCACUGCCUUAGUUUUUGCUGACAUCUGCUGGUAUUUUGAUGUAAAUAAACUCUCUGCUGCUACUCCUUAAUGUUUAAUCUCUUCACUUCUAAAUUAAACUGUGAACACUGGUAACUACAUUGAACUGGGGUAU